AUGGAAUCUCCAUUAGCUACCACUUUAGGUACUCGAAUGAGUGCUUAUUUAAUCACUUCAAAUGAUUUUAAAAAACAACGACAAAAAAUCAAUAAACAAAUUAAAAAUUUACGUCAUGAAUUGAAUUUAAUUAAUCAUGAUAGUAAAAAAUAUAAAGUUAUUAAAUUUACUAAAGAUCAAUAUCAAUCCAAUAAAAAAUAUGGAUUAAUUUAUUUAUUAUUAGCUGAAAGAGAUUUUUUAUAUGGAUUAGAAAUGAAAAAUAUUUUAGAAAUUGAUGAUAUUAAACUGAAACUGAAACUGAAACUGAAACUGAAACUGCAAAAAAAUUAUAAAAAAUUAUUAAUUACAAAAUUUAAACGAUCAUUAAUUCAUGCUCAAGAAUUAUUAGAAUUGACUAAUAUUGAAUCAAUUAAUGAUAUUAAAGUAGAAAUAUUUGUUUAUACAGCAUUAAUUAUUGGUCAAUUAUCAAUUGUUAAAAAAAAUUGGCAAAAUACCCUUCAUGCAUUUUCAAUAGCUAAAUGUGGAUUAGAUUAUUUAUAUAAUAAUCAUCAACAUUCUUUAAAUAAUAACAACGACGAUGAUUAUGAUGAUGAUAAAGAAGAAGAUGAUUCAUUUAAUAAAACAUUAUGUAAUGAAUUAAUUGAAACAUUAGUUGAUCCAUCAUUAAAUUUGGCAAUUUCUCAAUUGAAUAUUCAUUCUACUACUGAUUUAAAAUCAAUUGCUCGUAAACAUUGUCAUGAUAAUGUGGUAACUUAUUUAACUCCGGUGUUAAAUUUAAUUGAUAGUAAAUAUACUACUACAGACAAUAUCAUUAAUAAUAAUGAUGAUAAUUUUGAAAUUUCUAAACAAGUCAAUUGGAGAGAUCAUUCAGCAAUUAUUUAUAAUGAUGAAAUAGCAUUGAAAAUUUCUUAUUUGAAUAAUAAUAUUCAUUGGGAUAAAUCAAAUGAUAUUAAUCAAUUUGAUUCGAUUAUUACUCAAUGGAAUGAAAUUUUAUCAUUACAUAAAUCCGAUACUGAAAGAAAUCAAGAUGAUGAUGAUUUAGAUCAAGUACAAAAUCGGGCCAUAUUAUUGACUUAUAUCAAUUAUAAUUUAUUAUUUACCACUUUGAAAAGAGAUUUAUUAUUGAUUGGACAAUUGAUUAAAAUUGAUGAUAAUAAAGAUAUCAUUAGAUUAUAUAAUGGGAUUCUUGUUAUUAUUCAAAAUUUAAAAGAUUUACCUGGGGUUUAUAAUGAUGAAGAUUUAUAUGAUUCAUUAAAUAAUUUAGAAACAUUUUUCAUUGCUCAAAAAAAUCAAAUAAUUGCUGAAUCUUAUCAAUUUAAUAGUCAAUUUGCUGAACUGUUAAAAAUUUAUCAAUUUAUUAAUCAAGAAAUUUCAAUUAAAAUUAAUAAUAAUAAUAAUAUUUAUUAUAAAACUGAUUUCCCAUUUAAUAUUAGUACUAAUGAACAAAUAUCUAUUUUCAAAAAUGAUAUCAAGAAAAAAAUAUUACAAAAUCAAAUAAGUGCUCAAUUUGAACAAUCUAAAACCAUAUCAAGUUCACAAUAUACUAUUGAAAAUUUGAAUAAAUAUCCUAAAGGAUUAUCUACAAUAAAUUUAAAUAAAAUUGAACCAAUCAUGUGUAAACCAGUAUUAUUUGAUGUUGCAUUUAAUUAUAUUUCGUAUGAUUUAGCCAAACAAACACCAGUGGAAACUUCCAUCAAUGUUGAUAAUUCUUCUACUAAUGUUGAAGAUAAUGAAAGUACGAAAAAACGUGGAUUUUUCGGUAUAUUUGGUCGUCGUUAG